GAACUCGGAUUGAUUGGUGAUCUGCUGAUAAGAGGACACAUGCUGGUCGUUCCGCAUACGCUGAGGAACAGGAUUCUCAGCCUGGCUCACGAAGGACAUCCGGGCGAGUCACUGAUGGUUAGUCGUUUGAGAGAUCGGGUCUGGUGGCCAUCCAUGGAUCGCGAGGCAAAGGCAUGGACUAAAGCGUGCGAAGGCUGCAGGCUGGUCGGAUUACCCGGAAAGCCUGCCCCGAUGGUUCGCCGUCCGAUGCCAACCCAACCUUGGGUCGACGUGGCGAUUGAUUUCAUGGGUCCACUUCCGUCGAACGAGUAUCUGUUAGUGAUAAUAGAUUACUUUAGUAGAUACAAAGAGGUUGAAGUGAUGAUCAAGAUAACGGCUAAAGAGACUGUGAACCGAUUGGACAAAAUUUUCACACGUCUCGGGUAUCCCAGAACGAUCACCCUGGAUAACGCCAGACAGUUCGUGAGCAAGGACUUCGAUGACUACUGCGACACCCACGGCAUCACCCUCAAUCACAGUACACCAUACUGGCCGCAAGAAAACGGGCUCGUGGAGAGACAGAACCGAUCGCUGUUGAAAAGAUUACAGAUCAGUCAUGCUCUUCAUCGUGAUUGGAAGAAGGAUCUACAUGAUUAUCUUGUUAUGUAUUAUACGACACCACACACAACAACGGGUAAGACUCCUUCUGAGCUGAUGUUCGGGAGAACGAUUAGAUCCAAGAUGCCAUCAGUGGGUGACAUCGAAACGGCUCCUGUGAACACUGAUUAUUCUGAUCGCGAUUACAUUCUGAAGCAAAAGCAAAAGGAGAGAGAGGAUAGCAGACGAGGUGCCAAAGAGGUCCAAAUUCAACCAGGUGAUACAGUUCUUGUGAAAAACUUACUACCAGGCAACAAACUCACGACAACGUUCAAUCCGACGAAGUUCACCGUAGUAGAUCGCUCAGGUGGUCGAGUCACCGUGUCGGACCAGGAGAACGGGAAAACCUACGAACGGAACGUGGCUCAUCUCAAGCGAGUGGUUGAUCCGCCAGCAGACCUCGGAGAACAGUUCGCGGAUUCCGACACGGACGGAGAAGACUUCAGAGGAUUCGAUCAAAUCGAAAUUCAGGAGAAGUCCCCUCCGAAAGGAAAGCGCACCCGCCGUUGCCCGACCAAAUUUAAUGAUUUUGUGAUGUGAAGAAGAUAAGCAUUUCCAUAAAAAGGGAGAUGUGGUAAUGUGCUGAUUCUCAUGCCAAUUCAUAAACAUGCAAGCCCACUGGGCCGUCUCGCUCUCGGCACUCGACGUGCGUAAAUAAACAAUGUGCUUAAAUC